AUGACUAAUGCCGUGUCAAUUUUUGCACUAGACUCUGAUAGCGAGGAAGAUGAUAACCUUCAUCACAACAUUGGUUUGAACAAACAAAAAAGUAGAGCCAAAGGAUUGCCACCCAGUGGCCAAAAUACUGCCGCCAAAUUAGUCGGUAGAAGAGUUUGGGCCAAAGUUGCAGUAUCACAUUCGAAUGGCUUUUGCAGCAUCCGAAACUGCAAACAUGAUUCUCUCCAUCCGAAUCAUGCUUGCAUUCAAUGUAAAUGCGGAGUCCACAAUUUGUGUGUACAGGAAAAUAUGUUGAUGUCAAUUAGCAAGGAAGACGGUCACUGGUACUGUUCCAAGGAAUGCGGCGGAAGCGACGUUCUGGCAACACACGAUGUGGGAGUUCGACAAGUAGCAACACCAACAUCAACACCAACUACAACUACAACACCAAGAAGUACUGAGGGAGCUAAAAUUCAAGAAGAGAAUUUACUAGCAGCCGAAUUCGAAGACUGUGUAGUUGAUCUUGCUUGCCCUCCUCAGGCAGAGAUAUCCAUUUCGUCACUUGAAGAGCUUGAGGAAUCAUCUGAGGAGCUUGAGGAGCUUUUUGAAGACUCCGAUGAUAUGGAUGAUUUUGAGCUUGAGGAGGGACUUGAGGAGCUUGAUGAAUCCCAUGACAUUGAUGAGUCUGAGCUUGAGGGAUCGGGUGACAUGAUGAGCGGCAGCAAAGACAUGCUAUCUAGCGCCAUGGCAUCAUCUAGAGUUAUGCCAGUCGCCAGCGCACAGGAAGAGUCGAAACACCAAUUGUAUCCAACAUUGCCAGCAGAAAAUUCAGAUUUUUUCGAAGAAUUCUCAGACGAGCUGCAGAUUGUGAUGGAUCAUAAAUCUCAGCAGCGGUACAAAUCGGCUGUCUCGGAGCUUUCUUGUGACAGCUCGUUUGGAUCGUCUCAAGCAGAUGCAUUUGAUGAAUUGUCCAUGGGUGGUAGAGACCCAUCCAUCCGGCAUAUCUCCUUUGCUCAUGAAGCGAGAAGCUCACAGCAUUCCAUGGAGACUGAAAACCAACUUUCGAACAAUGAUGAACGGUCCUUCAGCAAGUCCCCAAAUCCACGAAGAAGGAAAGUAGGCAGCCAACUUUCCAACAGUGAACGAUCUUAUUUGUCUCCAAGACGACCCAGGUCCUCCUUGGCACUAAUGGAAGAAAGAAAUAGUGGUGGUGGUGCAAAACCUGGGGAUCCAUUGUCCUCCAGUGAACGAAUCUCGUACAAUAAAUCAGUAUACCCACGAAGGAUACGACGAGGAGCCACUCGUCGCUCCUCAGCCACCAGUGAACGAUCCGCCAAGUCUUCUGACUUUACGGAUCCCUUGUCGAGCAGUGAACGAUCUUCCUUAUCUCCAAACCAACCUACCAGCGUCCUCCGAUCUGUAUCCCUUCCUGUGAUGGUGGAUCCACUGGACAACAGCGAACGAGUUUGUGCCAUGGCAAAGCGGCAAGUCGAUGCCAAUGACGACGGUGACCAACUCUCCAACAGUGAACGGUUCUCAAGGUCCCCACGAAGUAUAAGGAAACCAAGACGAAAGAGAUCCACUAGAUCACCAAGAAGGACCUGUGAUGAUGAUCUAUAUUCGAUUGGUUCCGCUGGAUCUUGUGACCUAGAUAAUGACUAUGACGAUGCAUUGUCUCGGAGUGAUCAUACUUCUUCCUUCCGCGAUGAUGGCAGCACUGGCCAUUUCUCACGUCGAUCCCGUGGGAGGGGAAACAAGGUAGAUGACGCCUUGUCGGUCAGUGAAAAAAUGAUGUCCACCUCACCAUAUGCCGGCAAAGUCCGAUCUGUGAUGGAUGGUCUGACGAUCAACAAGUUACAAUAUGACAAGGUUGGUUUGGUAGGACGCGAAAAGGAAACCAAGCGUCUGAUGGAGUGUUACGCUAGGUUGACAAAUACAACAACUAAUAUUACUGACACUUAUAUGCAAAGCGGUCAGAAAGAGUUGGUCUUUGUUCAUGGGUACUCGGGGGUGGGAAAAACUUCUCUUGUAUCGUCCAUGCUGGAAGUUUGCGAUCAGAGUGCAACUGGAUUUUGUGCUAGAGGAAAGUUUGACUUUUCCAGCGGGGAUCUGCCGUAUGCCGCAUUUGCGUCUGCUUUUGGUCAGAUACUUGGAGACAUUGAAAGAAGGGGAUCCCUGUCGGUGUCCACUUACGACGAGUCCGGGAAAUUGCAAACUCUUGGAGAGGCACUGACUGCCAAACUUGGAACGGAUGUUAACUUACUUGCAACGUUGAUACCGAAACUGAAAGUGAUGGUCCAAGGUUCGGUGCCACGAAAGUCAAGUUCUCGACGGCUCGAUGUGAAUGGUGGCUUUGAGGCCAACCAAAGUCGAUGGGUGUACGCGCUUCGUGUUUUGACAAGAGAACUCAACAAAAUAUACAGUCCACUUGUGCUUUUCUUGGACGACGUUCACUAUGCAGAUCAAUCGUCGCUGAAUUUGAUUGAUUCCCUUGUAUCAGACGUCGAAAAUGAGAAUUCGUUCAUGGUUGUUGGUUGCUACCGCUCCAAUGCCAUAGGGGAAAAUCAUAUUUUGCCCAAGAAACUCGAUCGAUUAUCGCGGAAGACGACGCACUAUGGAUUCAAUCUAUCUGACAUUAAAAUCGGCAACCUGGAUCAGGAAGGAGUACAUAGCAUUACCAUGAGCUUGCUGUCUAUGGACAAUAAGGAAAAGACAGAAGCGCUUGCUGAUAUCUGCUUCAAAAGAACACACGGGAAUCCUUUCUUCCUCAUUGAGUUUAUGACGAUGCUUACCGAGGAGUACCUGAUCCAAUUUUCCCUGGGAUCGUUUACAUGGUUUUGGGAUGAAGAAGAAGUCGAAAGAGAGACGAUGUCCACCGAGAAUGUGGUCAACAUUGUCCAUUCAAGAGUGAAAAAGCUGUCAAAUAGGGCCCAGCAAGUACUGGAAUAUGCAGCUUGUCUGGGGUCUACGAUUAGAGUCCAUUGUUUAGCAAUUCUUGUGUCAAACUUAAAAUCGGAUCAAGGUGGGGAUGACUUGGAUGAUUUGCUGCACCAACUGGAGAAAGGUGGCUUCAUCGAACAAAUCGAGCCCACUCAGUACCGCUGGGUUCAUGAUAAUGUUCGAAAAUCAGCACUAAUGCUUGGGGAUGCUGCAGACCGUUUUUUUCAAUUCGAUGUUGGUAAUACUCUCUAUAAUUGCUUGGAUGAUGAUGAACUCGACGAAGUGUUAUUUGAAGUUUGCGACUUGGUCAACAUGGGACAACACGCAAGAAGAGUCGAAUACGCGAAAUUGAAUCUUCGGGCUGCUGAGAAGGCGAGAAGUAUUUCAGCAUUCCAAAGUGCAAGUCUUUACGUCACCAAGGGUAUCGCAUACCUUCCAAAUGACAAAUGGACAGCGCAGCAUGAUCUAACAUUGCAGCUCUGCAUUCUUGGAAUGGAGAUGGAACUGGCCACUGGACAGGUCGAAGAAAUGGAAAAGUACUCGGAGGAAAUUCUUGCACAACCAGACUGCACAGCUAUUGAAAAGCUCCCGGUGUACCUUGCCAAAAGUCACAGGAUGACACACAUGGACAUUGACCACAAAGGAUGCACGGAUCUACUUCAGCGUAUACUAAGUGAGAAGUUCGGCAUUCGACUUUUCAAAUCCAAAGCAGUACUUCCGAUCCAGGCGAUUGCCAAACUCGUCAGCGUCGCUCGCACGGUAAAGAAAUUGCCAAGAGGGGCACUUGCCAAUCUCCAACCUGUGGACGAUUCCAAUCUCGAGGCUGCGAUGGAUCUGUUAGUUCGAUUGGCGAUUUCUUCCUACGCUG